AUGACAGCACAUAGCGACCACCCCAUCACAACGCCGCCCCGCGCCCCGUCGCCGUUGCAUGGCUUCGGCACGCUUGCCGUGCACGCGGGAUCCCCGCAUGAUCCCUCAACGGGCGCCGUCAUCGAGGCAAUCUCGCUGUCGACAACCUUUGCCCAGACGGCUGUCGGCAAGCCCGUUGGCGACUAUGAGUACAGCCGCAGCAGCAACCCCAACAGACACAAUUUCGAGACCAUGGUGGCGGCUCUUGAGCACGCCAAGUAUGCACUUGCCUUCUCAUCUGGUAGCGCCACGACGGCUGUUAUCCUCCAGUCGCUAGCUGCCGGUUCGCACGUCAUCUCCGUGUCGGACGUCUAUGGCGGCACCCACCGCUACUUCACCCAGGUUGCCAAGGCGCAUGGCGUUAAGGUGACAUUCACGCCCGAAAUCGAGGUCGACAUUCGGGAGCAUAUCACCGAGUCGACCAAGCUGGUGUGGAUUGAGACCCCCAGCAACCCCACCCUCCGUCUAGUCGACAUCCGCGCCGUGGCGUCUCAGGCGCACGAGCACGGCAUCAUGGUGGUGGUCGACAACACAUUCCUGAGCCCCUACGUCCAGAACCCGCUCGACCACGGCGCAGAUAUAGUCGUACAUAGCGUUACCAAGUACAUCAACGGGCACAGCGACGUCGUCAUGGGCGUUGCCGCCUUCAACAGCGACGACCUCUACAAGCGGCUUUCGUUCUUGCAGAACGCCAUUGGCGCGAUCCCCUCGGCCUUUGACUCGUGGCUGGCCCACCGCGGCGCCAAGACGCUGCAUCUGCGGGCCCGCGAGGCCACGGCGAACGCGACGGCGGUUGCGCACGCGCUCGAGGCCAGCCCUCACGUCAUCGCCGUCAACUACCCGGGACUGGACUCCCACCCGCAUCGCAAGAUCGCCAAGAAGCAGCACCGGAACGGCAUGGGCGGGGGCAUGCUCUCGUUCCGCAUCCGCGGGGGCCACGCCGCGGCCGAGCGCUUCUGCCAGCUGACCAAGAUCUUCACGCUUGCCGAGUCGCUGGGCGGCGUCGAGAGUCUGGUCGAGGUCCCCAGCAGCAUGACGCACGCCGGCAUCCCGCGCGACCAGAGAGAGGCUGUGGGCGUGUUUGACGAUCUCGUCCGCAUCAGCUGCGGUGUGGAGGACGCCGAGGAUUUGAAAAAGGAUGUGCUCCAGGCCUUGGAGCGGGCGGUGGCUGAGACGGCCAACUUGGGAAACGGCGUUAACGGAGCUAAUGGGGCUGAAUGA